AUGUUCCGAAUCUUCAACUACGCCCAGCCCCAACCCCAACCCCAUCCCUCAACCUCACCACCAUCCCACCAGCAGCACACCCCCAGCCCAAUCCCCUCCGUCCGCGUCGAAAUCCCCCCCUCAGAGCUCCUCCCCGGCCUAACCCACAACGACCUCCCCCUCCUCGGCACCCGCCCCAGCUCCUCAAUGCUUGAAUACCACCAACUGCCCAUCCUCCGACACCUCGAAUGGCGCAUCGACGAGACCACCAACGAACCGCUCCGUCGACCACUGAAGGACGUUGCGUCUCUGACAGCGGCAUUCGCACAGACACGCGGAUGCGAGCCACCAGAGCCGUGCAUCCAUUGCAGGGAGGGAAAGGGGGUCUGGAAGACUGGUAUUGACGUGGGGUAUACCAGUCGUGAUGGAGAGCGGGACUCAGGCCCGACGAUCAAGCUAGAGAGAAGUGAAGUGUCCACCUCUUCGCCCGGUACUUCUCGUCUUGAUGGAAGUAUUCUUCCCUUUCCGUUAGGUCCGGAGACGAUUGACGAUUCGCCGUUUUUGAGACGCGCUCUUACGGAGAUGGAGAUGCAUUUGGGGACGUUGAGGAGGAGGGUGAGACAGUUGGAGGAUAGGGAGAGAAUGAGGGAUAGUAGUAUUAAUCCGUGGGAGUUGGUGUGAUUGAUUCAUCGGUUGGGGAGUGGUUCAUGUUGUUGAAUGAAUUUGUGCUCGGGAUGGUGGUAAGGGAGGUAUGGUGCAGGGAUUGAUGGUAACGGAGAUUGGCGUUGAUUUACACUGCAUUGUGACUUGCAUGUCGGAUAUGGGGUGAUAGUGUGAUCAUGUGUGGAAGUUAGCGUUCGAUGGAGUGGGA